AUGCCAAAAGGAAAAGAGGAAGUAAUGGAUUGGUUUUAUCAAUUCGUGAAGAGCUUAGGGAAGCAGGGAAUCGCUAUACAAAGUCUUUCUGAGAAGUUUGAUGAAAAUUUCAUGGAAGAAAUUGUUGCGAAUGAGCAAAUCAAAGAUGAGGUCUGGCAAGAUUUUAUCAAUCGGAAUGACGUUAGGAUAGAGGUCGCUCUAGGCUAUGGUGUCAGAAAGGUUGUGGUACAAGCAGAGCCAAUUGAUGUUGAAAUGGUUGAUACCGCCUUGGAGCAACUCAGCGAGAAGGAUUCGGAAAAGAGGAUAGCGAGUAGCAACGAACAGCCUGCUACCUCAAUAGCCCUGAUCGACCCUUCCAGACCAGUCAUUCUAGAUAGAACAGCGCCGAUACAGCGAGCACGAGAGCCAAUGGAGCAACUUGCCACUGUCAGUAAUGAUUCAUUAAGGAAAGCAGUCCCUGGCUCAGUCAUUCCGGAUGUGACAACUCCGAUGCAACAAUCACCAGAACCCAGGAACAAUUGGAUUCGAUCCCGAACGGAUCAUUUACAAAGGCAGCACCUUCCUCUGAGCCGAUACGAUCCACGAGGUACGAAAGGUUCGCAAAGAAGAUUGCAAAGUCUUUUAAAUGCAGCACGCGCCGAGGCUGACGGGUUUCACACUCCGAAAAUUGCCCCUCUUCCAAAUAAUAAUGAACCGAAGGUUGUCGAAAGUAAUGGACAUCCUCCGGCCCAAAGUACCCAUACACCAACACCUGAGAUUGAUAAUUCACCAGAGACCAAUGCAGAUACUAUCAUCGUAGACCCUCAUAUUCGUGGUCGUCCGAAAGGUACAGGUCGUCAAGCCACUCCUAGCGGUUCAGCAAUAGAAACGGGUUCUCCGAAGGACCCUGCAUCUAUGAGCUUCUCGUCACUCGCCGAAUUGGAAUCUUUUUCAACUCCAAAACUUGCGCCCAAAAAACGUGGUCGUCCUAAAGGAUCUACAGUCAAACGCCAAGAACUUCUAGACUUCAAAUUUCAGAAUCGGGACUCCGUACAUCUCGCAGACAACCAAAACCCAGAAAAUUCUUUACCCCCUACUCAAACAGAAUCACCAGAGCCUGAGCCUGCGGUUGUCGGAAAAUCUGGAAAAUCUGAGGCUUCUCCUGCACCGUCAAAUCUAAGCCCCACAGAAGGCAACCGUGAACCAAUUUUCACCUCAUAUGAAGACUUGUUAAGGGAAGAAGAUGAUAAGAAGCGCAAAGCCGGAAUCGAUGGCGUCUACAUUAAUCCUCUUGAUUCUAAGGAAGGCAGAUCGCUGGCUCGAAAAAAGACGUUUGUUGUAUUGAUAAAAUCUGCAAAACUUCGUGACCCUGAUUUGUUGGAGAAUCGAAAGGGAACAUGGAUUGAGGUACUUGCUGAGAGAAGAAAAGCUCUGCAAUCUAAAGUUGAGUCGGAAGCUGCAAAGAUUGCCGCUGCUAUUGAAGAGGAAAAGCCCAAGAAAAGAAAAAGAGACGAGAAAUUUGAAACAGACAGCUCAAAGCGCCCAAAGCCAUCAGAUACCGAACCACAAAAGCCAUUUGGAAUUGCUUGUGCUGUAACGGCAAAGCCGUCAGAAGCCUCCAUUGUUGAGACUGAAAAGACUGCAGAAGUUCCAAUGCUUAGGCCUGCAAAGCCACUGGAAAGACCCAGUCUCAAUUCUGUCUCUUUCCCAUCAAAUGAGGAACUGGCACUGGAGUUCGAAAACCGAAGCUCGUUCGGCUUCUAUGCAACAGUCACAACCAACACGAUGGAAUGGGUCAUUGAAACAAACCAGUCACAUGCAACUAUGAGAAAUUCUCUACCACCAGUAUCAAAUCUCAAUUCUCAUAUUUCACCGUACAGAGAGCUGUCUGAAUAUGAACAAGUCGCUGGUCGCCAUUAUCAACCAUACCUUGGCAGUGCACCAGCUAUAUCUACACCUUCUCCAGCCGAUAGGUAUAGGCCUCCGUAUGAAGAUGGUCGACAGGCUACACCUACAUUCCCAGCCCCGAACCCUUGGCUAGCUAGAAAUCCGACUCAUAUUCAUACCCCGGAUCAUCGAAGUCCUAUGCAUCAAAGAUUUUUACCCCCAUCACCUCCUAAGCCGCCUCAGACACGACCUAAGAUUCAAUGGCCGGCAGGUUUCUUAGCUCCAGAUGCUCUACCAUCGGAAGCCUCUCCGUUUAGUCCGAUGAGUAUAGAUUCAAUCCAGCAAUCAAGUCCUGCUUCUGUAUCUCAUAGCUUAAAUCCAUCUACAUCAUCUCAUACAUCGCAAGAGAAUCUUACCAACGGUCUAGCUCCAUAUGGUAGUCCCAGGUCAACAAAUAACCCCCAUGUAUUUCAACCUGGGACUGUUUCGCCCGUUCCAUACGAUUCACCCCCAUAUUCUAGAACUACCGUUUCUACAAAGGUUCAACAACCACAGAGUCUUGUGGGAAGAAAAGACAGUUUGGGACAACUGCAAGUAUCUUCGCCUCUCAGCCAGCAAUUCGGUCCAAUAGACUCUUCGUUAUCAAAACAACAUGCGAUAAUUACCGACAGCCAUGCACACCCAGCCCGACCAGAAAUUGAGAGAAAGGCUCAGACUCAGUCCCCAACACUUUUACCUCACUCUUCUCCCUCUACCAACAGUCAUGCACACCCGUAUAGACCCGAUAUUGAACAGCAGGCUCAAGUUCACGCAUUAUCUCAAACACAAGUACAAGCCUCUUCUUCCUCUGUUCAAGAUCCCGCAUUAAUGCGGUCUCUGGAGAAGUCUCAACCUCAUCAUGCGUCUCAUCAAACCCAAUCUUCCGAAACUGUAGAACCUCAGUCUAAGUUCACUUCAGUGGAUCCCAUUCCAGCUCAAUCCCAAAGAUCACCGUCUAUUCAGCCCGGUCCCGAACCAACUGCAGAAUUGAAGCAACGGGAAAAAUCGAUUCCCAACAUUGAAAGGAUACCAAGCCCCCAAAUCUCAUCGGAGAUGAGUUCUAUAUUGCCAGAAUCCUCAACAUCUAUCGCCGAGUUAACCGGAGCAGUACCACCACCAGCCAACCCCGAUGAUCUUGAAGGAUUCGAAAAGGCCGACGCUAUUCCAUUUGAAUCAAUCUUUGCUCGCAUGUCUUCCAUUUACAAUUCUGUGAUGGGAAAUCUAAUCUUAUCUUCUGAUAAAACGACAUUGAAAUUCUGGCCAAUGGCUGAAGACACAAUUGACCCUAUUUGGACGAUGCAAGUUUUUAAAAUGGCCGAAAACCCAAUCGUGUCUAUGCCGGGUUCGAAUCCGAUGGAGUUACGCCUGAAAGAGAAGAUGGAUGAUGAAUCUAUUACUGCUCAUAGAUUUUUGAUUGCUCGCACCAAAGAAGCUCACAAGUCUGCAAAUGAAAUGAGAGCAAAUUUGGUUACUGCCCGAAUUUUUGUACAAAUGGCUAAUCCUCAGAUAAUCCAGGCAGAAGAUCCAGAAGUGAUCGCUCUUAAGCCCUGGAAAUGUGAGAAAUGUGGCUCCAGGUUCAAGAAUAAAGAAGGUAUUAAAUAUCAUCUUUCUAAAUCACAAACGACUUGCAAUCCAAAUUGGAAGGCUCCGUCUACCAAGCCACGCCAGUACGGUAAACCACAAAAGGAGACGCCGAAAAAGGAGAAAGUGACAAAGGCAAAAAGUAAAUCUGUGGCUUCUCCAGAGAAAGAAAUUCAACCUGAACCGUCAGAUCAAUCUGACUCCGAGUCUGAACACGGCGACUCGGAUGACUCCAUUUUUGAAUGGGCUGCUAAAGUCGCUGGAGGAGAUCGAGGAGAUCCGGUCAUUGGUAGAAAUGGAAAAGUCUACAAGUCUUUGGGAGGGGAACGACCAGCACUUUUGGAAAUUGCUGAAAUUGUCAAGCAGAAACCAUCGCUCGUUGAAGAACUUGCCAAAAUCCCGUCAUUACCUCAAACUUCAGAACAAUCACUUCCAAAAUCUGUAUCACCAUUUUCGAAAGAGAAGGUUGUUAAAGAUAUCAUUCUUUGUCUUCUUCGGGCUAAUAACAAUGCUUUACCGGGAGAGCGUGGCCUUUGGUUCGCAUUUGUUGCAUGUUGGCUCAAGUAUUAUCAUAAUUCUAGGGUGCUUCCAGAACACAAGUUAUUUGUGAGAGCUCUUGAUGAGUUACUUGAGGACGGAAAACUUUCAAAGAUCACAUUUGACUUUGCAGGUGCUAGGAGCAGGACUAUAACCAGGAGCAUUUUAUUUGAUCCAAAAGCGGUUACUCCAUCCUCAGCUGAUAUUACCAAAAUGCAAGAUGAUACAAAAGCAAAGCAUCCUGAUUUUUACAUUCCAGUUGGAUUUUCUCCUCCAAGUGUCAUUUUGAACAUUUUGAAUUCUAUUGGAAAGCUUCCUCCUUUGGCUCCGAAGAUUGUAGAAACGCAACUUAAUGAUGUACUGGGAUAUGAUGAGGAGCUAGGCAGGGGUGAUUCUUCAGAUGAUGAGUUCAAACCUGAGGUCCACGCAUUGGAUGCCGAGGAUGACCUUGAAGAUGAUCCAAUGGACCUCGAUGUAGAUUCAGACGUUGGAAGCGAGUUUUCACCCUUUCCAGGAUCUACCCCUACGCGAGAGUUGCAAUUUCAUCCGCUGUACCAACAGGUUCCGGCAAAUGUCGAUGGUGGUCAAUCAAUAAAACCUCGUAUGAGACGUCCUGCUCACACUUCCAAUCUCGAAGACCUAGAAAGAAGAAAGCGUACAGCUGCUUCACAGGAACAUGGAUGGUCAUCACAUUCAACAAUGUUACAAAAUCCGGCGAAUAGCGCAUGGAAUACACCUGCGAAACCAAAAAGAACUUACAAGCUGAGAGAGCGUCUUCCGGAGCCAACUACGUUCAUACAAGGUGAUUCUGGUUCUUGGUCUGUGAGACCGUUUGGACAUGGUGUAAAUCCCAUAUUUGCGAGACCAAAUAAGAUUACUAUUGGAAACCCCCAAGGCGAACAUUAUCUUCAGCAACGGGAAGAUGGUCACCGACCAGUCAUUCAUCCUAACAAACCAAUCAUGCGUCCUUCCGUUCCAUCAAAGUUCUUUCUCAACAAGAAUCUGCGGGGAGAUCUUGUUGAUCGACCAGAUGGUCAAGUAGAGAUUUCAAAGACUACUGGACAGCCAAAACGAAAUUAUACAUAUUAUACCAGAUCACAAAAGAAUCCUGAUAUAUCAAGACAUACUGGUCUUGCAAAGCGAGCUUAUAGAUCACUAACCCCAGAUCCCAUGGACUUGACGGAAGCUAGUAUUAAUGGCUUGACUGAACUCGAUAUUCUGAAUCACUAUGAAGCUAAACCACUAGAAAAGGAAAUUGGUCGCCAGAACAAUCCUGGUUUGGAUUCCAUACCAUCUACCCCUGCGACACCAGGUCUAUCCCAUUUGUUUUUCGAUGAAUCUGCUGGACUGUGGAAUCUUGCUCAUCCAUUUGUAGCUUGCACCGAUGCUGAAAAGCUGAAGAUGCAAUGGCUUGAUCGUACUGCUUUUUCAUUGGAAACUAUACCAUACUCAGCUCUCGAAGACAAUGAUGAUCUACCACCAGAGCAAGAUACCAUUGUCGGGGCCAAACGAAAGAGGCAACAGAAAAAAGAGCCACAUGUAGGUGUACGUAAAGGUCUGAAAAACAAAUGGGUAAUGCCUAGACGUCUCACAUCUGCGCCGGAUGAUCUUCUUGGUGUUCACAGAGAUGUUCGAUACGCGGCAGAAUUGCUCGGUACUCAAAUGGUCAACUACGAUAUGAACAUUCGCAGAAAGAGACAAAGAUUCAAGGAGCAAGGUUUAGCUGUUGAUGAAGAAGCGAGGUUGACAAUGGGUAUUGUUAUCAUUCGAGCCAUGCUUGGAGGAUUAGAAAUGAACAUUGAUUGGGUUAUUCUUGGAACGGUCUUUAAAGAUUAUUCCUUGAAUUUCCUGAGGAAAUGGUGGCAGGUUGUUUGGGUCAAGAAAAAGCCAAUGGUCGACAAAUUGACAAAAGAUUUCCAGGAAGCUUUCAUCAAGGGAUAUCGAAAAGGUCAAGUUCAAUCAAUCGAUUAUGAUCAUAUUGUCGACUAUGAUUUCAACGCUUUAAUCGAUUGGGCCAUGUCAAAGAUCAACACUCCCACACAAGAAGAAAAAGUCUUUGACCUCCCAAAUUCAUUCCCAGAACUCAAGAAAAAAUAUGCACUAGUGCCCGAGACUCGAAGUAAUUACUGGUCCGAACAGUAUUAUUACACCCUUGCUGCUGUUUAUCAAAGAAUGAAUCUUGUCAAUUCUGUACCCUUUUCAAAUCCAUUGAAACCAGAUGCUCUCAAUUGCGAGAUAACCGACUAUGCACUUGCAAAAUCUUGGUGUAGGGCCGCAGCAGUUACACCAGAUCAUUUAUGGGAUAGCAAAGCAGCAAAUAAGUUGCUCAAUCGUCUUCCAAGUGCCAUCAUCAUUGAAGCUAGAGAAGAUUUGUUGAAGAACAAGAUAAUCACCAAAAAUAAACGCCUUCGUACUAAUGGUCGAGUUUACAAUCUUCCAGAUGCUUUCAACGCCGUUUUUGUUCGUACGGGAAAGAUCAUUUUCGAGAAACAAUACCGAGAGGCUUAUUUAUUCAAGUGUGAAUUGGAUCAGAAGUUUCAAAAUGGGGAGACUAUUGUGAACAUACCUUGGGGUGUGAAUGAAGGUGCCGUAUUGGCUAUUACGAAUCUACAAGCUAAUGGAUGUAUUCACAUUCAAAAAAGUAACAUCAGAGCGAACAAAUUCGGUCUCACCGAAGGCGGAUAUGAAACAAGACUUAUUGAUAAAGCGAAAUAUCGUUUUCAAAUGGAUAUCGCACCCACUUCAAGUUAUGUUUAUAACCACGCAAUACCUAACCUUGACGCCAUGAUUUCGGAACCUCCAUUUGUUGGGGCGAGAGGUGCACUUCCGGUUUGGAGAAGUAUAACAGGAGAAUUAAUUGAGGGAAUGUGGAGAAAAGUACUCUUAGGAGUUACCGGUGCAUUCGUUCUACGAAGUAGUAUUGACAUCGAGGGAUUGGAAAGAGUUUUCGCACCGAGUCUCGACGCAUGGGAAAUCAAACAACUGAUUGAUUGGGGAGCUGAAAGGGGUGUUUGGCAAAAAUGUGAUUAUGAAGGAUUGGGAGCAACUGCUAGAGAGGCCCAAGAUAUGGAAGGUUGGGAGGUGGGUGAUUGGUGGUGGAUGAUUGUGGGGAAAUAUUUGGUGGAGAGUGAUCAAUGA